GAGGGCUUGCGGUUCUGAGGAGGUUGGGGGUUUCUUUGGAGGAUCAGCCGGAGGUUAGGAAGCAUGUUGCAGCUCCAGCUUGCGCUGCUGUUCGGUCUGCAGGCGUUUACCUGUGCUCAGGAGGGAGUGGUCUCAGUAGGUGGGGCCACAGACAACAUUAGCCAACCCCAGCUCAGUGAUGUGUGCACUGAAGGCAGCUGUUACCCAGCAACAGGAGACCUUCUGAUUGGCCGAGCCCACCAGCUGUCGUCCACCUCCACCUGUGGACAGAACCGGCCUGAACCAUUCUGUAUUGUCAGCCACCUGCAGGAGGAGAAGAAGUGCUUUGUGUGUGACUCAGCAGUGCCCUACGAUGAGCUCGCCAAUCAGACUAAUAGCCACCGUAUUGAGAAUGUCGUCACCACAUUUGCGCCAAACAGACUGAAGACCUGGUGGCAGUCUGAGAACGGUGUGGAGAACGUUAGCAUCCAGCUGAACUUAGAGGCCGAGUUUCACUUCACACAUCUCAUCAUGACCUUCAAGACGUUUAGACCUGCUGCCAUGGUGAUUGAGCGGUCAGCUGAUUUCGGAAAGACAUGGCAGGUUUACCGUUACUUUGGUUACGACUGUGAGUCGUCCUUCCCCUCGGUUUCCCCUGGUCCAAUGCGGAAGGUUGAUGAUGUCAUCUGUGACUCGCGUUACUCUGACAUUGAGCCAUCCACUGAAGGAGAGGUGAUUUUCAGAGUUUUGGAUCCAGCGUUCAGGAUUGACGAUCCCUACAGUCCCCGAAUCCAGAACAUGCUGAAGAUCACCAAUCUUCGGGUGAAGUUCACCAAACUGCACACGCUUGGAGACAACCUGCUGGACUCUCGUAUGGAGAUCAAAGAGAAGUACUACUACGCCAUCUAUGACAUGGUGGUUCGAGGAAACUGCUUCUGCUAUGGACAUGCUUCUGAGUGUGCCCCUAUCGAAGGAGCUGGUCAUAUAACAGAGGGCAUGGUUCAUGGUCACUGUUUAUGUAACCACAACACUAAAGGUCUGAACUGUGAACAGUGUCAGGAUUUCUACCACGACCUCCCCUGGAGACCCGCAGAGGGACGCAACACCAACGCCUGCAAAAAGUGUAACUGCAACCAGCAUUCAGACUCAUGUCACUUUGACAUGGCAGUCUUCGUGGCUUCAGGUAACGUGAGUGGAGGAGUUUGUGACAACUGUCAGCACAACACAGCUGGAAACAACUGUGAGCAGUGCAAACCGUUUUACUACCAACAUCCAGAGAGAUACAUCAGAGACACCAACAUCUGCCAGCCCUGUGACUGCGAUCCGGUGGGCUCUCUGAAUGGAGGAAUCUGUGAUGGGAUGACGGAUGUCCAAGCCGGGAUGAUCGCUGGUCAGUGCCGCUGUAAAGUCAACGUAGAGGGAGAACGCUGUGAGCGUUGCAAGCAGGCACACUACAGACUGAGUGAGGAUCCUGAAGGCUGUAAAGCGUGCACCUGCAGCCCACUAGGAACAAUUCCUGGAGGAAAUCCCUGUGACAGUGAAACAGGAAGUUGUUUCUGUAAACGUUUGGUGACCGGGCGGGACUGUGACCAGUGUGUGCCUGAACACUGGGGUCUCAGUAAUGACAUGGACGGCUGUAGACCAUGUGACUGUGACCUUGGAGGCGCCAUCAACAACCAGUGUGAUCAGGUGACCGGUCAGUGUGUCUGCAGGGAUCACAUGUUCGGUCGUCGCUGUGAUCAGGUUGAGUCUGGAUUCUACUUCAUCGCUCUGGAUCACUACACCUACGAGGCUGAGGAUGCAAAGUUUGGACCUGGAGUGACAGUGGUCCAGAGGCCCCACCCUCAGGACCGUAGUCCCACCUGGACAGGUAUUGGCCUGGCCAAUGUUCCAGAGGGGGCCUUCCUUGAGUUCACUGUAGACAACAUCCCUCACUCGAUGGAGUAUGACAUCCUGAUUCGCUAUGAGCCACAGCUGCCGGACCAAUGGGAGGAGGUUCUGAUGAUGGUGAUGAGGCCUGGACCAAUUACAGCGGACAGUCGCUGCAUCAACACGGUGCCCGAUGAUGACAACCAGAUGAUUUCACUUCACCCCAGUUCACGGUAUGUGGUUCUUCCCAGACCGGUUUGUUUUGAAUCUGGUCUGAAUUACACAGUCCGCCUCAGUCUGCCGCUAUACUCAGCCCUCGGUGAUGUCCAAUCUCCGUACACACUCAUUGACUCGAUCGUGCUGAUACCUCACUGUAAGAACCUGGAGAUAUUCACAGGCUCAGAGGAUGGGGACUCCAGUGGAAAUGCCGCCUGGGAGACUUUUCAGCGUUAUCGAUGUCUCGAGAACAGCCAGAGCGUUGUCAAGACACAGAUGACCGACAUCUGCAGAAACUUCAUCUUCAGCAUCUCUGCCAUGUUGCACCAGGGAGCUAAAGAAUGCCAGUGUGACCCUCAGGGCUCCCUCAGCACUGUGUGUGACCCCAGUGGUGGGCAGUGCGAGUGUCGCCCCAACGUAGUUGGCAGGAACUGUGACAGAUGUUCUCCAUCCACAUUCCAGUUUGGACCCAAUGGCUGCCGAGCAUGUGGGUGUGACCCUCAAGGUUCUCACAAUGCGUUCUGCGAUCAGCUAACUGGUCAGUGUUCCUGUGUUUUGGGCGCAUACGGUCGGCAGUGUGAUCGCUGUUUGCCGGGUCACUGGGGUUUCCCCGCCUGCCACUCCUGCUCCUGUAAUGGUCACGCUGACAUCUGUGACUCUGACAGCGGGCGCUGCAUCGAGUGCAGGGAUCACACUACGGGACACGCCUGUGACAGGUGUGUUGACGGUUACUAUGGCAACCCGGUGUUGGGGUCAGGUGACCACUGUCGUCCCUGCAUGUGCCCUGACGGCCCCGGAAGCCUGCGGCAGUUUGCGGGAAGUUGUUACCGCAGCGAUGACUCCCAGCAGGUCACCUGCGUCUGCAACACGGGAUACAAAGGUGCUCGCUGUGAUGAGUGCUCACCGGGUUACUAUGGAAACCCUGACGAGAUGGGGGGGCAGUGUCAGCCGUGUCAGUGCAACAACAACAUUGAUAUGCUGGAUCCCGCUUCGUGCGACACCCAGACCGGCAAGUGUCUGCGCUGCCUAUACCAUAGUGAGGGUGCUGCAUGUGAGAGUUGCACACUGGGUUACUAUGGCAAUGCCCUACAGCAGAACUGCAGGAAGUGUGUUUGUAACCAGCUUGGAAGCAACCCCUCCAGCUGUCCGUCAUCCUCCGACUGUCACUGUGACCGCAGCAGUGGUCAAUGUCACUGCCUCCUCAACGUGGUCGGCCAACACUGCGACCGCUGUGCACUUGACACCUGGAAUAUGGCGAGUGGCAGCGGCUGUCAGAACUGCGACUGCGACCCGAAACAUUCAUACGGGACAUCCUGCAACGAGAUCAGCGGUCAGUGUUCCUGUCACCCCGGCUUUGGAGGAAGAACAUGCACCGAGUGCAAAGAACUGUUCUGGGGAGACCCAGAGGUCAAAUGUCAUGGUAGGCUCACUGCACAAUGUGUAAACAUGUUAAAAUAUGAUCAU